ACCAACCUGUGUGGUGAUAUGUUUUUUUUUGGGACAACAAAAUUGUCYUGCGUAUUGGGCAUUGUCCGUGGACCAUUCGACCGUUUUGACGACUUGUCGUCGAUCAGCUGAAUGUGUUGUACUUUAGUAUUCGGACUUUUCGGUCUUGAAUCACGACGUCUACAGUAAUCUUCUAUCUGUCAUACCCAUACCUCAUACCAAAUUGCCGAAUUUCUGAGAAUACUGACGUACUGUACAGUGUAUAAAGAUUUGUAGAUGCAAACAUAUAAAUAGUASAAUACUUUUAAAGCAAUUUAAACUGUUUCAUGCCUUUAUUAUUGUCUUGCCUGCGUCAAAUGGGUUCAUCGAUUUUUCUUUGAGAAUAGUUAAGACAUUAACAGCCAGCAAUAUAUCCCGUUUCGAUUAUGAUGUGAUGUGAACACAGUCUUUUAUCAUCAUUAGACGACGUUGAAUAUAUCAAUAAGAAUAAUAUGUAACAAAAACAACAACAGUUAUUAUUGACGCUAACGAUAGCGCUACACUGCCGAAUAGACUAGCCAUCACAGUAUAAAUAAUAAAGUUGAUAUCAACAUACAUAUCGUUUGCUUAAUAAUCAAUAAAGAUGGGUCAAUUUAUAAGUACAAAUCGCAAUGACAACAGCAAUGAUGAGCUUAUUAAUUCAUUAAUUAAGAGAGAGUAUAUACACACAAUUAAUGUGGAAAAAGUGUUCAGAUGUGUUGAUCGAGGAUUAUAUUUUACUGAUGAUCAUAAACUAAACGCUUAUAGAGAUACUGCUUGGCAAUCUGGGGAUAUUCAUUUGUCUGCUCCAAGUGUUUAUGCUACUGUUUUAGAAUGUUUGGAUCUCCACAAGGGUGAUAAAUUUUUAAACAUUGGUUCUGGAAUAGGAUAUUUUAGUACUCUAGCUGGUCUUUUAUUGGGUGUUAAUGGUGUUAAUCAUGGUAUUGAAAUUCAUGGUUCUUCAGUAAAUAUUGCAUACCAGAAGUUGGAAGAAUUUAAACUAAAAUCUGCAGCAAUUGAUUAUUUUGAAUUUUGUGAACCAGUAUUCAUCGAAGGAAAUGCUUGUGAACUGUUGUCAGUGGGUUACUAUGAUAGAGUUUAUUGUGGAGCUGGAGUACCACCUGCAGAAAGUUCAUUUAUGAAGGCCCUUAUUAAAAUUGGCGGUGUAUUAGUUAUGCCAUUGGAAGGGUUCCUUGUGAAAGUAAUAAGAAAAAGUGAAUACUUAUGGAAAACAAUUGAAGUUUUGGAAGUAUCAUUUACAGAUCUUGUUGUGCCAGAUAAAUGUAGUAUUAUGAAAGUCGCAAAGUUUCCUACCGUUGAACCAAUAACUUUACAAGAGCUAUGCAGAUCAAAUAUUCGUACAUCCAUACGAGAUUGCUUGAAUGAAAGUCAUCCUGGCUUGCAAAUGCGCACUAAAUGUAAACCUAAUACUAGUUAUGAUGAAAAAUUUUUUAAUGCCAAUUCGUUAAGUCAAAUUGUUCGCUUACAAUAUGGCCCUGUUGAAAUUAAUAGGGGAAUAAUAAGUUUACGAAACAUAGUAGAUACAUUCGCUGGUUUAGAUGAGGCAAUAUCAGAUGGGGGUUCAACAUCAGGAAAUGAGACUAUUGAAGAAGAUAAUGAUGAUGAUAGCAACGACGAUGAUAGUGAUGGUGAUGAAGAAUGUGAUAAAAAUUUACAUCAGAAAACUGAAUCAGAAACCAAAAGAAAAUCGUCAGAAGCUGGAUGUUCUGACCAAAAUAAAACUUUUGCAGAAAACGCAGAAAACACAAAAAGAAUGAAAAUGAACUCACCUACAGUCAAACACUUCUUAAACAGCCAAUCUACUAAUAGCAGUAGUGAUUUAUGGGAGACUAUAUCUAGUGAUGCAUCAGAGCCUGAUGAUGAUCACAACCUUGAUGAUUCUGAUAGCUGGGUAUCAUCUGAAGAAAAUGAUCACAAUGGUUUAAGACAUGAUGAUUUUGGUGGAAUCUAUAACUCUUUGUUUAAUACUGAUGGUAUCCAUGACAGCGAUACUGACAGUGAAGUUGCUAGAGAAUUGUUAUUAUACCGCUUUCUGAGCGAACGCAAAGAAAACGAAUUGAGUAAACUUUUGAAGGGUAAAAUUGAUCUGUUACCAGUACCAACUAUGCUCAAACAGUUUCUCAAUUAUAACAAAGAAGAUUAAUUUGAUUUAUGGCUGUUUAUAAAACAUUUUUCUGUUAUAUUAUCAUUCGAUUAAUUAGUUCUUAAUUGUAUAUAAUAUAUAUAUCUCAACCAUACAUUUUUUUAUAGUUUAGUUGUUAUUUUAAGAACUCAAAUAUUAUUUGUACAUUAUUAACUAAUAACUACUAUGUCUUAAACAUAUUACAUUUUUUGUAUCUUUUUAAGUAUUCAUUGUUUAAAGAAAGUGCAACCACCAUAUUCAAAGAAAUCAAUUUUCCCUUUCAAACUAUUAUAGACGUGGGAUAGUUUAAAAAAAAAUAMCMUAAUAURUUAAUAUGUAUUAUGUUGUGUUGUGUUAAGAUUUAUUCUGGAUUUUUUUUAUUUUUUUUUGUUAAAUAAUUUAUGUAAUUUUAUUUACCUUUAUAAAUAAUAGCCAGGAUAUGAUAAUAUAUUAUUUUUUUUGAAUCAUUUCAGUUACAAUAAUGUAUAUUUGAUAAUAUUGUCAGAUGUGUAAGUGUCACAAUGAUUAAUAUUCUAAAUUAUAAUUAUUUAAAUGUUUAAUAUAUUUGUAAACAUCAAUAAAGGAACGUUUUCAUUAUGAUUUUC